AGUUCCUAUCAGUGAUCCCGGCUGUACUCCUCCCACCGUCUGCCAGACCUGAAACUCGGUCUCACCUGAUGCGGAGCGGCGCUCGGACUCGGACUGGGAACCAGAUUUCGGCAACACCUGAAGACUGACAGCGGCUGAGGAUGAAGGGAAGCUGUAAGAAAUGCAAAUAUUAUUCAUGAAGUAAUUACAGCAGGUGCGACACGACAAAUUAGCUCAGUUAGUCCUUUGAAGUGAGUCCAGGAAAAGCAUCAUGGAGCCGCAGCACAACACCAACCACAACCAAGCCUUGUGGAAGGAGAUACCGUGGGAUUUCACGGAGGACUGCUCGCUCUCGGUCAGCGGCACCACCUUCCUCAUCAUUGCUUACAGUACAGUUAUGGCUGUCGGGCUCAUUGGGAACUCCUGCCUCGUGUUUGUCAUCACACGGCACAAAGAGAUGCGCAACGUCACCAACAUCUUCAUCGCCAACCUGUCCUGCUCUGACAUCCUCAUGUGCAUCAUGUGCCUGCCGGUCACUAUUAUCUACACCCUGAUGGACCGCUGGAUCCUCGGAGAAGCCCUCUGCAAGCUCACGCCCUUCAUCCAGUGUAUAUCAGUCACCGUUUCCAUCUUCUCCCUCGUCCUCAUCGCCAUGGAGCGCUACCAGCUCAUCGUCCACCCGACCGGAUGGAAGCCGAUGGUGGGCCAGUCCUACUUGGCUGUGGCCAUCAUCUGGAUCGUGGCCUGCCUGAUCUCGGUGCCUUUCCUCUCGUACAGCGUCCUUACUUUGCCCUUCCAGAACAUGAGCAUCCCCCUCCCAGUCAGCGACCACCUGGUCUGCAUGGAGCGCUGGCCGUCGGUUCAAGAGCGGCGAGCUUACACCACCUCCCUGCUCGUCUUCCAGUACUUCCUUCCUCUGGCCCUCAUCAUGGUCUGCUACCUGCACGUCUACCUGCGCCUCAGGAGGAGGAAGGACAUGGUGGAGCGCGGCAGGAACGCCACUCAGAAGAAAAACAAGGGCUCCACGAGGAUCAACGCCAUGUUGAUCUCCAUAGUGGUGGCAUUCGCCCUGUCCUGGCUCCCUCUCAACGUCUUCAACACGGUGUUCGACUGGAACCACGAGGCCAUCCCAUCCUGCGGCCACGACAUCAUCUUCUCAUUCUGCCACCUCACGGCCAUGGCCUCCACCUGCGUCAACCCCGUCAUCUACGGCUUCCUCAACAGCAAUUUCCAGAAACAGCUCAAGUCCACCCUGCUGCGCUGUCGCUGCUGGGGGGUGGCGGAGAGGUACGAGAGCGUCCCGCUGUCCACCGUCAGCACAGAGGUCACCAAGGGGUCGAUCUUGAGCAACGGAUCCAUCAGCAUCAACACUUAGACCCCGGCCCGUUCGCUCAAAGACAAAGAAACUAGUGGGGCCUCUUCCGCCCUCAUUGUGUCAAACGUUGGAGCUUUUCUUGCUUCGUUGAGUCCGAAAGCAAGGUUGACAUUUACAAAGUUAUUACCCUCACAACAGCAGCCCAGAGGGAGUCGACUGAAGACACUCAGCCAGCAUGGCGCGGUGCCCAGUGUGAGUUCACAUGUAACAGGAAGUAGAUAACAAAAUGAUGGUACAAAGGUUGGACAAGUUUAAGUAUUGUUGGGCGACUGAAGGCACUUUACGCGAGCACUUUUGCAGCUGUAGUCUGUACAGUCCACUCUGUGGCGCACACGGGCGAAGACGCAGCAUUUAGGCAUCCGCCAUGUUUUCUUCCUGAAGCUGAAAUGAACGAGAGCUGUUUCGGGUUGUUGCUCUUCACACUCUUACCUGCUUCACAUGUGAGCAGUGGAACCACGGCCAGUUUUUGGGGAGCUGCAGAUGUUCUUUUAAAUUUUGCUGUUUUAUGUUAUUAGUAUUGAUGAGAAUAUUAAGGGAUUGUGAACUGUGAUGUGUUAAUGAAGAGUAGUUAAUUACAUUACUGAAGGGGAGAAUAUUAGUGCUUUAAAUGUGGCUCCGGGCGCCGAUUUGCUGCCAUCAUCUUUCAUGUAUUUCUUAUUACCUGAAGUCGCGUUCGAUGUAACGACGUUUCGCAGAAAACCUCGGCAGCAGCCGUAUACCUGUCCGCCAAGGUCUGCGCUCCAGUAUAUUGUACAUGUCGGAUGUUUUAUCUCAUAAAAUGUGCCAUACAAUAACCAUAUAUCAAAGUGCCAUGAAGCUAAAUAAAAGUGGCAGUGAAGGACUCGGUCAGAGCUGCUGUAUAUAACACGACUGAAUCCAUGUACAGCCUGUGAAAUAUGUGACACACUUAUAGUUUAUGGUGUGGUGGGGAAUAAAGAGCACUGUGUAGCAUAGCAGAUAUCUCCUGAGAAACCUGUUAGUCACUUCUCUCUGUGCUAUUGAACUGCAUUAAAACAUUUACUAUCACCUAUAAA